AUGAGUUGGACAGGGUUCACCAAUUGCUGUAAAAUGAGACAGUUUUCCACUUCUAGUCUGGUGAUGAGGAGGAUCAGCAGGAAGGAAUUGAUGGACAAGACAAAGCUACUCAAAGAGUUUCGACAAUUUCUUGGUCCUAAAAGUAUAACUGGUGAAUAUCAUAAAAACAAGUACUACUAUCCACCGCAGAACAAUAAACCAAACUAUAUUGUUAAUGAUGGAAAAUCUGUGGUUGGCGAAAGUCCCAAGUUGGGUCAAUCGAGAAUGAGAAAUCUUGACGAACCAGGAAGGGAUCCUCAUUUGCAUCCGUUUCCUCACAACGUUUACACUAAAACAGCAUACUUGAUACCUGAACAUUUGAAACUGCAAAUCGUCGAAGAUGAACAGGUCAACGGGUUACAUCCACAAGAGAUAGCCCAUAAAUAUGGUAUAAAUUUACAAAGAGUAGAAGCUAUAUUAAAGCUCAGUGCAAUUGAAAAGAAUUUUCAACCAAAGGAAGAGAUUGCCGAGGAUUUGAAAUCGUUUGCAGCCAUUAUGAAACGCAUGUUCCCCUUGUUCAAAGGUGGCUAUACUGCUGAUAAUUUAACGGAAAUUCCAACCCCACACAAGACAUUGACUGAUAGAUUUUUGACUAUUGAAGAGAAUGAACCUUUUGGACCAGUAGAUGCAGCCAAGAUACUACACCUCGAGCCAGCCUCAAACACUUUGAAGAAGUUGACUGAGUUUAAUUUGGAAGAAGCACAGAAGCAGCAACAAGCAAUUGAAGAUAAAAAAAUCGAUGUUGUGUAUGGUAAAAAGAGAAAGGAUGAAAAUAAACUCUUUAGAUUUACAAUGAAGAAUGUUGGCGAGUUUGGUCAUCGUUAUGGUGCAUCUAGAAGAGAUAGGAAAUUGGAUAGAGCUAUUGGAUUUGAUGCAGCCGGAAAGAUGAUUUAUUUGCACCCAGAUCAAUGA